GCGACAGAGUAGUACAAGUAAAUCACUUGAUAAGGGAGCUCUAGAGACGCCUCCGUGAUGGACAUCGCUAAGUCAAUAUUUGGGCCAAAGGUACCUGAUGGCUACGCCGGAAGAGAUGACUACAACGAAAAAGUGGAGACGGCGGUUUCAGACGAGGAGGACAGCAGCGAGCUGGGCGGCUGCCCGGCAGAUGCACCUGAGGGGAUCAACGCGUUGUCCGAAGGGGUCAUCCCGACCCCCGGAGGCCCCUUCUCUGCUCUCACGUCGUCCAUGUGGCCGCAGGACCUACUGAGCCAGCUGGGCCAGCCGGACGACCCAAACUCGCAGCCUGACUACUAUGACGAGUUCGGCUUCAAGGUGGAGGAAGAGGACGGGCCAGAGCCGAGCUCAAAUCAGCUGCUCGGCAUUCCAUUUGUAGAGGACCCGCAACACAAGCUACAGUGGUUGGCGCACCUCCAGUUCAGUCACAACAGGGAGGCAGUCAGCGAUCUCACUUGGGAUACUGUCGACGUCCGGCUACAGCGCACCGACCGCCUCAAAGAAAUGGUGAGGCAUGGAAUCCCUCACUCGCUGAGGGCGCAGCUUUGGAUGAGACUGUCAGGAGCUCUUCAAAAGAAAUUGGCAUCUGAAACAAGCUACAAAGAUGUGGUCAAGGCUUCAAGCAACGACACGCUGAUGACCUCUAAGCAAAUUGAGAAAGACUUACUACGCACAAUGCCUACCAACGCCUGCUUCAGCCGCAACGACAGCACAGGCAUCGCCAGACUUAGGCGGAUUCUGAGGGGGCUUGCUUGGCUCUAUCCUGACAUUGGGUAUUGUCAGGGUACGGGAAUGAUUGCCGCGUCUCUUCUCCUUCUCAUGGAGGAGGAGGACGCCUUUUGGAUGAUGUGCACCAUUGUGGAGGACCUCCUGCCCGCGUCCUACUACUCUGCCUCUCUACUUGGUGUGCAAGCUGACCAGCGGGUGUUGCGCACCCUCGUGUCCACCUACCUGCCAGAUGUGGACAAAGUUAUGCGAGAUCACGACAUUGAACUCGCGCUGAUCUCUGCCAAUUGGUUCCUCACAAUUUUCGCGUCCGUUGUUCACAUGAAGGUGCUCCUCAGGGUUUGGGAUUUGUUCUUCUUUGAGGGCUCCAUCACCAUCUUCCAAGUUACCCUUGGCAUGCUGAAAAUGCGAGAGCCAGAUUUGAUGACUCUGGAGAACUCUGCCCAAAUAUUCAAUGCCUUGUCAGACACCCCAGGAGACAUCAAAGAAGUCGAGAAGCUGCUGGAGGUGUCAUUUGAGGUGUGCGGCACUCUGAAUGACAUGAUGAUUGAGACGCAUCGUAAGCGUCACCUCGCCUACCUGAUGGCUGACCAGGGAGCUCUUGUGGGUAACCCUGAGUCUGUGUCCAACUUGCCAAAGCAGCACUUAAGCAGGCGACAAGUGAAAAGAAACAAAUCGGUAAUCCAGUUGCUUCUAUUUGGCGAUGAAACAACAGAAGAUGACAUAAAGAGCAAAAAUAUCAGACAAACUGAAAUUUUGGUUGAUCUGAGAGAGGCUGUGCUUCAAGUUGGUAGACAUUUUGUGGCACUUGACCCAAAGAUGUCUCGGUUGUCACUGCAGGCUGACUACACAAUGGAAAGCCAUGCUCGAGACCACGAAAAAUACGUGGACGUCUCACUAACCAGAAAGAGACGCGCGAAAGCAUUGUUAGAUUUUGAGCGUCAUGAUGACGAUGAAUUAGGCUUCCGAAAAAACGAUAUCAUAACUGUCAUAAGUCAGAAAGACGAGCAUUGCUGGGUUGGUGAACUGAACGGCCUUCAAGGUUGGUUUCCAGCUAAAUUUGUAGAGUUGUUAGAUGAACGUAGCAAGCAGUACUCCAGUGCGGGUGACGACGCUGUGUCGGAAGCCGUCACUGAUCUAGUCAGAGGGACCCUGUGUCCUGCUAUCAAGCAAGUGCUUGAGCACGGCAUGAGAAAGCCUUCAUUUUUAGGGGGCACGUGCCAUCCGUGGCUAUUUGUAGAGGAAGCGGCAAAGAAGGAGGUCGAGAGGGACUACAACUCAGUGUACAGCAGACUCGUCUUGUGCAAAACCUACAGACUGGACGAAGAUGGAAAGGUUUUGACUCCUGAGGAGCUAUUGUAUCGGUGCGUGCAAGCAAUUAACCUGACGCACGACGAAGCGCACGCCCAGAUGGACGUCAAGCUGCGCAGCCUCGUCUGUCUUGGCCUGAAUGAGCAGGUGCUUCACCUGUGGCUGGAGGUGCUCUGCUCUUCGCUGGACGCUGUAGCUAAAUGGUACUAUCCGUGGAGUUUCGUGUGCAGUCCGGGUUGGGUGCAGAUCAAGUGUGAGUUGCGGGUGCUGUCUCAGUUUGCCUUCAAUUUAAAUCCCGACUGGGAACUUCCUGCCAAGAAGGAGCAGUCACAACCUCUGAAAGAUGGCGUCAGGGACAUGUUAGUCAAGCAUCACCUCUUCAGCUGGGACUUGUGAAUCAAAACCAUUUAUUCAAACUUGACCAAUCUAACUCAACUUGUUUAGCAGAUUUAAUUUAAGUUAUUUGUUGACUCUGUUG